AAAAAAUCAUUACCACCAAGUGUUUUAAACGAUACGUUCACCUCGCACGCGUUCGAACGUUCCAAUACCACAGACAAUCAGCGAGUGAACGUACCUGCACGUGACACCGAACGUUCCCUGACGUGCGUCGAUACCUUGCCCUAGUGCAAGGUGGUCUUAGUGUCACUUCAAGUAUCAACACCAGACAGGCAUAACCUCACUAACCGCCUCCGUAGCUACUCGUGCGGCUACACUCUCCACAACCAUGAGGAUGCCGACGAUAGUCAAGAUGGACCACAGUACAGAACCCCAGAGUCACUCAUCCUGCAUCAAGACCCGCAGAUACUGUACUCUAUUUGCGAUUGCUGGAGUGGCAAUUUUUAUUUUAACGUAUUCUGUGGCGAGUCUUGCAAACAGCAACAGCGCAUCUCCAGCUGAGAAAACAAAUCAUACACCUCUGUAUUCCACGACAACAGCGAAUCGUAUCGCAGCGACCGAUCUCCCAAACACGGAGGCUUCUCGUUACGACUUGACUUCAACAGUUUCAUCGCCUGAGACGGACUGGGAGAUUCAGAUCCUGCAGCAAGUGAAGGAAUUAACCGCUGUGGGAUGUCGACCAACGUUGCAAGUAAAGCACGUGUUGACCUUACUCGCUCCCGAGGACGACCUAGGCGACAAGGACCUUUACCCCGAGUGGGUGGUGGUGGGUCGCUGCCUGCCCUCAUGCAGCUACUGUCAAGCACCUCAACAAUGUCUUCCCACACCAGGAACACUACGUAAUAAGACCUUCGUGGUUCGUGCUACUGACGACACCAGAACUGUGUAUCGUAAACGACAGGUCGUCGAGCACACAACUUGUAGCUGCCAGUAAUGGUGGUAAAGUACGAAGCGCUGUGACAGUGAAGCCUUGUACCAAGUGUCUUAACAUGCCUUCGAGAAACUAUAGCUCUCAAAAAACUUUUAUUUAUGUUUUAUAAAAUUCUUAUAUUAUCUCAGUAUUGUAAGUUAUGACUGAAACACUCAUUCACUGUAUAUUAUUAUAUCAUAUUUAUUAAAUUUGUU